GCUGUCUGCUCGGCAAGUGAACAACGUAUUCCUGUGCACGCUGCACCUCUGCCUCUUCUUCCCUUCCUGCAAGACUUCUCGUCAACCUGCACGAUUUCUCGCCUAUCUCACUCCCACCCGCAAUCAUGUCGAAACGCAAUGGCGUCUCGCAAGAGGUCGAAAAAGAAGCCAAACAGGUCGCGUCGGAGCCAAGCAAGGACAAGCAAGAACGUCUGCUCAAUGACCCAAACCCAGGUCACUUCAGUCUCAUCCGCGCGUACCACCUCGCCGAUCUCAUCACUCUCAUGAAUGGCUUCUGCGGCGUCAUGUCUGUGCUCUCCUCUCUUCGAUACUGCAUUGGCCGCCCCGAAGACACGGGUAAUGCCUGGGCUGCGCUGGGUCUCAUGCCUCUGGGUCUCUUCUUCGACUUCUUCGACGGGAAAGUGGCGCGAUGGAGGAAAAAGAGCAGUUUGAUGGGUGCCGAGUUGGAUUCGUUAGCCGAUUUGAUCUCCUUCGGUGUCGCUCCAGCAGCCUGCGCCUUCUCUCUCGGAAUUCGAACUCCCCUCGACCAACUCUUCCUGACCCUCUUCGUCCUGGGCGGUCUCGCUCGCCUCGCACGCUUCAACGUCACAACCGGCAACGUCCCAAAAGACGCCACGGGGAAAGCGAAAUACUUCGAAGGUCUCCCCAUCCCCACAAGUCUAAGCUUUGGCACCGGGCUCGUAUCAUUCUGGCUAUACAAAGGUUGGGUACACGACCAGAUCCCAUACGGCACGAUCGCUGCGGGCACAAUCUUCGAGUUUCAUCCCGUCGUGGCAUUGUACCUGGCGCAUGCUUGUUGUAUGUUGUCCAAGACUCUGCAUAUUCCAAAGCCGUAAAUGGCGUUCGAGGACGGCACUGAGCAGAGUGCGCUGAUCUUUCUACGAUGAUGAUGAAAUGCAUGAGGCAAUGAAGAGCGUGAAAAGUACAGCAGAGCAGAGCAGAACGAGGCAAAGCGAAGCGUGGCGUCAGGAAUUCCUCAGGGCGAGGCAAGCGAUUAUUGCUCUUGAGUUGAAGAUACCCAAUUAUGCAUUCAACAUGAUUCAGAUAUGCUUUUUCAUUCGGUGGAUGCUUCACUUUCGUCGUAUUUUGACCGC